UGGGUCAGCUCUCAUUGGACAAAAUUCUGCUGCCAUAGGAGAGGGAAAAGUUAGUUACAGUUACUGAUUCGAAGUUAAUCAGUAACAGUUUUCUUCUUUGAUAAAGGCAGAGCAGAAUAUUGCCUGCUAUAUAUUUAGAUAAUUUCUCUGCAAUUUGCUUCCUUUAUCAAGACAGCUCUGGUUCCAUUCUAGCCAUAUUGCCGUUGUAUACUCAGAACAGCUUGAUCAUGGCUGAGAAAGGAGUGAGUGAAAGUCCGAUGAAGAAACUGGAAGAAGCCAUAAAGAAUGCUCCUAAAGACGGGUUGAUUUGGUAUAAUGGGGAGGCAUUUCCUGGUGUAACCUGUCAGCUGGAAACAUUGGAAAUUCUUAACACCUUUAAAGCUCGGAGCGAUGAUGUGGUUUUAGUUGGAUAUGCCAAAACUGGUACUAAUUGGGUUGGUCAUAUAUUAAUUGAACUGGAGGCUGCAUCUGGCAAGUAUGAUGAAGAAGAAAGGAAGAGGAGGAAGCAACAGGAAAUAGAAUUAAAACUUAUGCCAUACCUUGAAUUUGGAGACCCUGGAAAGUUUGAGAGGAUGGAAAAAUUGCCUUCCAGAAGAAUUAUAAGAACACAUGUAAAGCCUCAGAAUAUUCCCAAACCAUUUUUCGAACAAAACACAAAGAUGCUUGUUUUGUUUCGGAAUCCAAAGGACACAGCUGUAUCUUAUUUCCACUUCGCCAAAAGCAUGAAAUUGUUUCCCAGUGAGAAAACUUGGGAUGACUUCUUCUCCGAUUUUAUAAAUGGAAAAGUACCAUAUGGCGUUUAUUUGGACCAUAUCAUUGAAUGGAACAAGUAUAUUGAUAACAAAAACAUUAUGUUUAUUACCUAUGAGGAACUAAAAGAGAAUACAACUCUGGGCCUGAAAAGAAUAGCUGAAUUCUUUGAAUUUUCUGUGACUGAAAAAGAUAUUCAAACUAUUGUUGAGAAAACCAGUUUCAAAUCUAUGAAAGAGAAAUCGGCUGAGACCCAUGGAGUUAUAGGCCAACAUUUUUUCCGCAAAGGCAUAGUAGGAGACUGGUGUAGCAUCUUCUCAGAAGACCAGAGCAAAGAGAUGGAUAUGAAAUAUGAGGAACCUUUAGCAAAAACCAAGCUUGGAAAAAUGUUGAAGUAUGAAGUGUACUGUAAAAAUUGAAGAGGACAACAGUGCUACAAGCCUCUUAUGUUUUGCUUUAUAUGUGUGCAAAGACAUGCCAGAUAUUUUUCGUAGGAAUUUUUAAAAGACAGUUAUAUUGUCACUCCAUGUCUAGCCAUGGAAUUUAUGUUGUGUUUUUAUUUGAACUAACUUUCAAACAAUAAAAGCCAAUAUACUAACAAA